AUGUCAUCUCUAUCUCAUCGCUCCGGAGAUGCUAUAGUCCCACCGCUCUCUCAAGCUGUUGGAUAUGUAGUCGUCGUCGGUCUUGGUCUGGCCUUUGCGCUAGGAAUGAUAGCGGUGACUAGGAUUCUCAAGCGGACGGUGGGGGAGGACAACUCCAAGAUUGAAACGUUUAUGGUCGCAGAUCGCCGAGUCAACACCGGCCUUGUAGCAUCCGCAGUCGUCUCAUCCUGGCUCUGGAGCACCGCCCUACUCAGUACCGUGAUGGUGGGCUAUACCUACGGCAUCAGUGGUCCCUUCUGGUAUGGUGCAGGCUGUGCUCCAAUGAUUGUCUGUUUUGGGUAUGUGGGAAUCGUCUGCAAAAGCCGCGUCCCUGGGGCACAUACUAUUCUGGAGAUCAUCCGCAUGCGAUAUGGGAGAGUUGCUCAUCUGAGCUUUAUGUUUCUUGCCGUGAUCAACAAUCUUUUCAACACCUGCAACAUGAUUCUAGGAGCAUCUUCAGCUAUUAGUUCUCUUACCGGAAUGCAUAUCAUGGCGUCGACAUUUCUUCUCCCGCUGGGUGUGGUAAUCUACACUCUUGUCGGGGGAAUAAAGGCAACUUUCUUGACGGACUACACCCAUACUGUCAUCAUCCUAAUUCUCUGCUGCUAUCUAACAGCCAAAACGAUUACCUCGGAUGAGAUCGGGUCAAUCAGCAACCUGUUCGACCUGGUCAACGCUGCCCAGAAUGACCACAAGGUCGAUGGCAAUUUCCAAGGCUCGCUUCUCACCAUGACAUCCGAGCAGGGGGUCAUCUUCGCCAUUAUCCAGCUCGUGUCCAAUUUUGGUGCAGUUAUUAUGGAUACAGGCUACUUCGUGAAAGCCUUCGCUGCGUCGCCUUCUGCUGUUCUUCCAGGAUAUGUCAUCGGAGGCAUCUCGUACUUCGGUAUUCCGUGGGCUCUGGGCACGGUUAUGGGGACAGCUGCACUCGCCUUGGAAAGCUCUCCUUCCUUUCCAACAUACCCCCGAGCAAUGACAAGUUCCGAAGUUACAAACGGCCUAGCCCUUCCCUACGCCGCCAUCGCUGUAGCAGGCAAGGGAGGUGCCGUGGCCGUGCUUCUCAUAACCUUCAUGGCCGUCACAUCUACCCUCUCCGCCCAGAUCAUCGCCGUCUCGUCCAUUGUCGCAUUCGAUGGGUACCGCACCUACUGGAACCAUAAAGCCAGCAACGACGAGGUAAUCCUUUGGAGUCGAAUCGGCGUCGUUAUCUUCGGAGCUUUCUCCGCUGGAUUCACCGCAAUCCUCCACUAUGCCGGCGUUGAUAUGGGAUGGACUCUAUACAUGAUAGGCGUCGUCACAUGCCCCGGAAUCAUCCCACUCAUCAGCACAAUAAUCUGGAACCGCCAGAGCAAAGUCGCCGCCAUCGCAUCCGCAUACCUGGGCAUGGCCACCGGCCUAGCCGUCUGGCUCAGCACCGCGUACCGCUUCUACGGCGAGGUCUCGGUUGCUUCAACCGGGGGUGCACUCCCCUUCGUCAUUACGCUAUUUCGCCCGGACAACUUUGAUUGGAGCAAGCUCCAAACUGAGUCGCUUAAUGCUACGAUGGCGCUGACUGAUGAAACGCGGACGACGCAUGCUGGCGCUGGCGCUGUACAUGCUGAGGGGGAGGGCGUGGGUGAGGGUGUAGGUGUGGAGAAAGAGAAGAGCUAUCAACGAUCAAAAACAUACGCGCUCUUCUGGGCCAUUGCUACCUUUUUGGGUAUUUGGGUUCUCUGGCCUUUGCCAAUGUAUGCGGCGAACUAUGUGUUCAGCAAAACGUUCUUCACGGCAUGGGUGGCCGUCUCGUUACUUUGGCUGUGGAUCACUUUUGUUGUCAUCUCGGUUUACCCCGUUUGGGAUGGUCGACGCCAGAUUACUGAGGUUGUGGCUGGUCUGGUCCGGGGAAUGAGGUAG